AAGGCGUGGCCGUGUGAGCGUGAGGACCUACGUACGCACGCACAACUUGACUCAGCAGCUCUCGUGUCCAGUCUAGUCGGCGUGUGUCUGUCUGCUGAAGAUGUUUUCCUCUUGAUGCAGCAAAACACCUCUUCUCCAUCAUCUUUUCCUCCUCCGGUUUUGCCUGUAUAGCACCUAGGUCGUCGCCGCCGCAGCCUCCGUCAGUUAGUUCUCUCUUAGCGUCCACGAGAAGCACUCCACCGUAUCUUGUCCUCCUCCUUGGCCUCCGUUUCUUAUUGUAUUGUAACACUUGAUCACUGUUGCCUCCAUUAGUUCUCUCAUUGCUUUCUUAUAUAUAUACCUCUUUUAACACUAUUUUCCUUCCAUCCUACCACCACUAUCAUCACCGUCACCUACACUGCCCCGCUACAGCUUGUUAAUAAUCUUCCUAAUCAAUAUUUACUUUCUCUUCUGUCACUGUUUAUCUCAAUGGAGUAUUAUGAAGUGCGUCUGAAAAACACUUCGGUGGUUGGUUAGCUUUUCUUUCACUUCCAAUCUCGUUAUCCGCUUCUCUCUCUCUCUCUCUCUCUCUCUCUCUCUCAAAAUGGGUACAGCGCACAAAUCUUGGCCGCUUGUUGGGAGAGACAUGGAAAACGUAUGGGAGGAGGAGACUUUGGUGGGCCCUGAGGAUCACCGAGCGAGGAUGAGAGGCGAUGACGGCUCCCUUGAGGUCUGCGCGAAGCCCCUCAGCAGGCAGGGCUUGUGGAUGGGCAUAGCUGUGUGCCUGAUGCUGUGGGUGGCGGCGGCGGCGGCCCUGGCUGUGGUGAGGAACAUGAGGUUCGCACCGUGGCUCAACUCUGUCCAGGAUGACGAGGAUGAUGGCAGCAAGACGCACACAAUGUCAGAAGCAGACCAGAGAAAGGUGUGGCCCCAGACAGCUGUGCUCCUGCCUGCCCUUGCCAACCACUACCCCGUGCAUCACCUCACAGUUCACCAACCACAUAGCUAUGAAACUCAAGACAGAAGACAGACAUGGCACUUCAGACCAUUUCAAGGACACCUCAUGAAGCAGGCUCAUGCAGACAUCAUCUUACACACUGAUGCUGUAGGCUUGAGACUCACACUGAAGCAUUCCAAAAGUCCCACAGCCACCCAACCCAGCUACACCCUCUCUCUGACCAACACCACAGCUUUAAAGUCACACGUGGAAGACCUGGCAAAUAUCUUAGUACCCCAAAACAUAUCUCACUUAAAACAGAAUAGUCUGCCUAAUGUGAAUAAGAUGCUUCAUGGCACCUGGACAGUUGUAGAUGUGACGGAGUACCUGCAGGACUGGUUGUUCGUUGGGUCUGACCUGUGGGUGGAGGUGGUUGCCCUGCACAGACUCCAGGAGGAUGCUGGGAGAGGGUAUCCAGUGCUCCAGCUCCAGCCUACCGUGUGUGUGUGGGAUGACCAAGGUGACGAGGAUGCUGCCAAGAGUGGUGAUCACCUGAAAACUGCACUCAAGGUUUUUCUGGAAACAAAAAUGCAGGAAAGGGCUGCUGGAAGGUUGUGGCCAGACUCAGAGCAACACGGUGAAGAUGAGACUGAAGCUCCCAGGCAGAGGAACAAACGAGAAACACCUAAUAGCCUAUGUAAGGUGCAGUGGGUGGAAGUCUCCAAGCAGGAGCUGGGCCUCGGCUUGGUGCUGUUUCCCAACACCCUCAUCCUCAAGUACUGUGAUGGUUCCUGUCACAUCCUUGACCACUCAGACAUCUUCUCCACUAAUGCACUCUUCAGGGCUAAGUACAAGUUUUUGAGGGAGUCAGCCUCCAUGCCAUCACCUCAGUGCAUCCCAACAAAUUUCAAUCAUCAACAAUUCUUUGUGUGGGACACCAAUCACAAUAACAUCAAGAUGAUCAAGGUGUGGGACCUUGAUGCUGAAAAAUGUGGCUGCCGGUAAUGCAGGACAGGGUGUGAAUGUACUUUUUGGGUCUAGAUAAGUGGCUAAGCCAACAAGGCAGUGCAACGAUGUUUAGCUGUUAUCUAAAUAAAGUUUUUCAUCCCCUUUCUUUUAAGAAUUUACAAUCCAGCUCUGUAUGGGAGGUAAAAUAUAUUAAGACAAAUUUUUAUCAGUUGAAUAUAAGUUUCCACAAGUUGUUAUUAAGAUAUUGAAGAAUUUGAAUCACUUUAUUUCUUUUAGAGUUGAAAGGAAACUUGUCAAUGAAUGUUGGGAAGAACUGUCAUGAUUAUUAAAAAGGCCAAAAUAAUAUAUUUUGCAACACUGUUGAGUAAUACAGGCUGCAGAUGAUGGAGGAAGUAUCAGUUUACAUAUCCAGUAAAAGCUGAAUGUUACAGUAAGUCUGGAAGAAGCCAGAGGGUGAGUAAUGAAAGGAAGAUUCAUCAUGGAGAUCAGGGAAAAGAUAUGUGACAGAAUUAUAAGUACAGAAGUAGAGUUUGACUACUGCCUUUAACAUUUCAGUGGCAUGGUCAAGUACAAGGCCACUGCUAGACAUUCAGGAUAAUUGGGACAUGGCUCAGUUAUGUAAGACCACAAAUGACAAAGGUACAAUUUAUAUGGAGGGCUGGGGGCCCGUUCCUCCCUGAAAUUCUUUUUAUCAAAACGUUCUCCGGCAGUAUUUCCUGGCAUAUGAAGACAGUUAGAAGAAGAAACCAAACGGUCUAAUAAACAAAAAGGGGAAGCAAACCUUAUAUUUGGUCAUCCCAAGUGUUGGGUAUUUUUAAUAAAAUAAACCACUGCAAGGUCACCUGCCUUACAAAACAUGUUGUUUCGGUAACAUAGAAAUUUGUAACUAUACAUACAGAACUAACAACUUGUAUCAUUUGCAUGGCUGCAGAAAUGACUUGUUGUCCAUUAUAGAAACCUUCCUGUGACAAAUGGUCACCCACCAUUACCCUGACUCAUCCACACCUUAAGUACAAUGUCCACUCUGGAAUUUAUAGGCUCUUACGAGUUGGUGCACAAAAGUCAAAUUCAUCCUACUAAAUGAUUGUUCACAAAAUACUUAAUGAUGGGACAUUGUAUAACUGGGUAAUCAUUUUACACUACCAAUUGAUCAGAAACAUUCAUAAGGGAUGUUCCUGUGAGAUGGUGUUCUGAGCCACCAAGAAAACCAAGGAAUGAAC